CGUUCAACCUUCGUGCGUUCAACUAUCUGAAGUCAUUGUGGAAUCCUGUUGCAGGUGGAGACUGUGGUAGAAGGCACAGACCACUCAUAAAAAGUACGGAAAAGAUCAAAGGAAAGAAGCAUUUGACUGAAAUUUGUGUGCCAAACCUGAAAUCAUGUCCAUACCGUUUAGCGGUACCAUAACGCGUUCCGGGGGAGUGAUAAGCGCCAUAAUGAAGCAAGUAAAAAGCGUUAAUUUGAAAGCUGUGAAGAGAAUUUCUAUUCAGUUCGAUCCGUUUGCGCCUAACGUAACGCAUACGAGGGAUUUCAUGUUCUUUUUGAACAAACCAAAAGUUCUGGCAACAAAUCUAGACUGCAAAAUAAAAACUGAGAUUGUAUGCGACCGCUCGGAUCCAGUGAUAACGUGCAAUCUCUUAAGCGGAGAAAAGGUGACAUUCAAGAGCUUUAAUCUCACGACUCUAGAACUCUUUCAACUUCUCAACCAACAUGUCAGCAGUUUAGCUCCAGUACCAGAAGUCAUUGUUGAAGUGAAAACAAAGUCAUCAAAGAAGGCAGGCAAACAGCGUUAGAGGGCAACAUUGAUAUAACCUAGAGAUUCAAUCGCAGUUUGGUAUCGUUUCAAAAAAGCUGACAAAAUGGCUGGCGGUUCAAGCAACAAAGACUACAACAUGAAACUCAUAGA